AUGACCCAAAGAAGUAAAAGUGAUGAUGAUGGGAGUCUUAGAUAUGUAACACUUGGUUUUGCUCGUGGUGAUGAGACGAGGGACCGUACUACCAACCUUUCGAAACCAUGCCCGACAACGAAGACCGAUUGUAAGGUGAAAAUUAAUGCAAUCAUGGUUGGUGAUAUCUUGCGCAUAACUACUGUUCAAAAUUCACACAACAAUAGGCUAAGUCCACGAAAGACAAGAUUCUUUAGAUGUAAUCGAGCUAUUGCUGAUUCUGUAAAGAGGCAAUUAGACAUUAACGACAAGGCAGGUAUAAGUAUGACCAAAAGUUUUAACGCAUUGGCUGUCAAGGCUGGUGGAUUCGAGAAUUUGAAAUUUAUUGAGAAAGAUACACAGAAUUAUAUUGAUAAGGCCCGACACCUUAGACUUAGCAAAAGAGGUGCUGAUGCACUUCGUGGGUAUUUUGAGAGAACACAAUAUAAGAAUGAUGGGUUUUACUUGUUGAUAGAUUUGGAUGACAAUUGUGGCGCCCUCGACCCCCACAUGUGA